AUGUUGCCACUCCUUCUCGAACCGCAGUCGAGCGUCACGAGUAGCGUCGCCGACACAAUGUCCCACGUCGCGUCGUCCAGCUCCACGCCGCCCACCACCAUUGCCGACAGCGACAGCCUGCAUUCCGACGCCUCCAAGCAUGAUGUUGCCUGCUUCGUUGACCCGCUGCUUGCUACCUCGCAAUUCGACACUGAACUGCCAUCUGAGCCUGUCCCGAUCCCCGAAACCACGCCCAAGCCCGAGCCUGCCGCCGAGCUUGUAGUCGCCGAGCCUGUCGAGACCUCACCAAGACGAGCACGACGCGCAUGUGCCGCCGCGCCCGUUUACAACCUCUCCAAGCUGAGCGGAACCGACGGCCAUGGCAAGCGUCGCGCUAAUGGCGAUGAUGUCGCCGAGCGUCGGCGUCGCACAAUCUCCGGUGACACACUCAUCAACGAUGGCGUGUCGACUCGCAGCUCCAUGUCAACCCGCGCCAAGACUCGCGGCGGCAAGGAUGCAAUUUACGCGCUCGAUCUUGGCUGGACACCCUCCGGCCUCGCCGCGCCGCGUACUACCCGUCAUCUUGCUCAAGAGUCCCCUCGCUCGCGCCGUCUCAACUCUCGCACUGGUGGUAGUGUGGGCGCGGCCAUGUCAUCCUUUGGUUCUCAUUUGUCCAAGAUCGGCAAGCGUGGAAGUAAGGCUGUGUCUGGCUCAAUGAGCCGAGUCUCUCGCGAGCUUCUGCGACUCCGCGACACCGCCGAAUUCUCUCACAUUGAUGACAGGCCUGUCAUUCAUACCGUUUGGGCCAACGGCAAGUACGUCGAUCCCAAUGCGCCGCCGCCUGCACCGCCUCAAAAGAAGAGCAAGGUCAGCGAAGCUCAAGCCGAAAAAGAAAAUGCUGAAGAGCCCGUUACCGAAAUAAAGCCUCGUGGACCCAAGAAGUUCCUGCCCAAGGGCCUGUAUGCGGGUCAAGAUGCGCCAGAGGUUGCUACCAGCUGUCUGACGCACGCUGAAAGGAAGAAGCUCGCAAGUCUUCCUGAACUCGACUACAAUCGAACGGUCAACAAGGUUAUGCCGGCACCCAUUUACACCGGUCUGCGUCUCUUGCUUCAGGGUCGCGACUUUAAGCUGCCAUUCCAGACGUGCAACCCGUUACCUCCCGGACAGCCCAAGCCCGAUGAAUGGAAGAAGAUGACCAAGAAUCGCUUCAUCGGCGACUCCAAGGAUUACUGGCGCAAGUCGCCACACUACCAAGACUAUUCCAAGUGUGUUUGCAAGCCUGAAGACGGCUGUGGUGACAACUGCCAGAACCGAAUCAUGCUUUAUGAAUGCAACGACAUAAACUGUAAUGCUGGAAAGGAGACAUGUACCAACAGAGCGUUUGCCACACUCACCGCGCGACGUGCCAAGGGAGGCAAGUAUCGUGUUGGCGUCGAAGUUAUCAAGACAUCGGACCGUGGCUACGGAGUGCGAAGCAAUCGCUGCUUCCGCCCGCACCAAAUCAUCAUGGAGUACGCUGGUGAGAUCAUCACAGAAGAGGAGUGUGAGCGUCGCAUGAAUAAUGAGUACAAGAACAACGAGUGCUACUAUUUGAUGAGUUUUGACCAAAACAUGAUUAUCGACGCCACCACUGGCAGCAUUGCCAGAUUCGUCAACCACAGCUGCAAUCCCAACUGCCGCAUGAUUAAAUGGAUUGUCUCGGGACAGCCGCGAAUGGCUCUCUUUGCGGGCGACAACCCCAUCAUGACCGGGGACGAGCUUACGUACGACUACAACUUUGAUCCAUUUUCCGCCAAGAAUGUUCAAAAGUGUCUCUGCGGCGCGCACAACUGCCGUGGUGUUCUCGGUCCUCGCCCGCGCGAGGUCAAGCCACCAAAGACUGACCUGAAAAAGGCAGUCAAGGGCACGAUCAAGGCUGGCAAGCGCAAGCUUAAGGAAAUGCUCGGUGAUGAGGUCUCGGGCAACGACAAGGCAAAAAAGCGCAAAAUCCAGCCUGCCAGCGGCGUUAAGCGCUCCUUGUCGUCUGCGAGCAUCAAGGCAGCCAAGGGAGCUGCGACGGCCAUCAAGAAGAGCGUUUCUAGCAUGACGUUGACCAAGAAGAACUCGGCCAAAUCGACGCCGGUGAAGCGACGCGCCAGCGUGGGCAACCUGCUGAAGAAGGCGACGUCGAACAAGCUGGUCAAGCGCCGACCUGCCGCGCACAAGCCUGGCACGAAGCAGGUUUCUUCGCGCUCGUCUAGUCUGACCAUGGUCGGCACCAGCGAGGAGAAUGUGCGGGCCGGAAAGAAGACGACGCCCAAGAAGACGAGUCCUAGCAAGACGUCGACCAAGGGCACUCCCAGCGGCACGCCCAAGAGCCGAGCAUCGAGUCUCGGUGGCACUCCUGUAAGCAAAACGACGCCAAAGGGGAAAGUGACGCCAAAGACGGCGCAUCGUCGCCUCAGCGGCAAGCCCAAGCAGGUCGCCAAGCCCACAAUAAAAUUGGUGGACGACUGA